GGUGGAUGGGCCUCUGGAGGACUCCGUACAUUCUUCCUCCAUUACCUCACUGUCUCCGGAAGGCUGCCGGGAUAUCGGAGGACCCAGUUCUUACCUCGGUUCAGUCCUCCAGCCGCCCAGGGAAUCCCUCCAGCAGCUCCUCCUUACCGCCACCGCCGUCGUCGCCGCCUCCGCCUCCGCCUCCUCCUCCUUCUCCUCCCCACUUCCUCCUCCCUUUCCUCCGGCCUGGCCCGGCUCGACGCUCUUCACUCCGACUGGAGGGCCCGCUUCUCUCGGGAGCCCCCACCCAGGCGCAUGGCUCCAUGAAGCGGGAGGAGGAGGAGGCACAGCGCGAGAAGUCCCGACUGCUCCAGAGACGGGAAAAAAGGUACAGAAAGCAGGAAUGGAACUGGAAAAAGGAAAAUUCAUUGCAAAUACAAAAUAGCUCCCCCCUUCUGCUGUAGCUGCCCCUUUGGCCAUAUACAUUUUCUGAUUUCAGGCAGGGGACCUAAAUGCAGGGCCACCUAAGGACACUGAUGGCUCCACUCAGAUUCCAGCCCUCUACAGAUAAUACUGCUUCAUCACUCUACGGGUUCUGCAGCAUUCCAGACCUCAAGCACUGAAUCAGGAUGGGAAAAAGACGCUGUGUUCCUCCACUAGAGCCCAAGUUGGCAGCAGGCUGUUGUGGGGUAAAGAAGCCCAAAUUAUCAGGAAGUGGAACACACAGUCACGGGAACCAGUCAACAACUGUACCUGGCUCUAGUUCAGGUCCUCUUCAGAACCACCAGCAUGUGGAUGGGAGCAAUGGAAGGGAGAAUGUGUCUGACUUAACUCUGGGGCCUGGAAAUUCCCCAAUUACUCGAAUGAAUCCCACUUCGGGAGCUCUGAGCCCACUUUCCCGGCCCAAUGGAACUGCCAAUACCACCAAGAAUUUGGUGGUGACAGCGGAAAUGUGCUGCUACUGCUUCGAUGUCCUCUAUUGUCACCUCUAUGGCUUCCCCCAGCCACGACUUCCUAGAUUCACCAAUGACCCCUACCCACUCUUUGUGACAUGGAAGACGGGGAGAGACAAACGGCUUCGUGGCUGCAUUGGAACCUUCUCAGCCAUGAAUCUUCAUUCAGGACUCAGGGAAUACACAUUAACCAGUGCACUUAAGGACAGCCGAUUUCCCCCCCUGACCCGCGAGGAGCUGCCUAAACUUUUCUGCUCUGUCUCCCUCCUUACUAACUUUGAGGAUGCCAGUGAUUACCUGGACUGGGAGGUAGGGGUACAUGGGAUUCGAAUUGAGUUCAUCAACGAAAAAGGUGUUAAAAGAACAGCCACAUAUUUACCUGAGGUCGCUAAGGAACAAGCAGAUAAGGGACAAAUAAUCCCUUUGAACAAGUGCUUGCUCCAUUCUAGUCCAGUAAUGGCCUCAGUUGUAGUGAAAGAACUUGAUUGUGCUUGUUCUUAUUGGAGAUUGCAAACACUUUUGUACUGCCAUCAAGAUUGGGAUCAGAUCCAGACGAUAGACUCCUUGCUCAGGAAAGGCGGCUUUAAGGCUCCAAUUACCAAUGAAUUUAGAAAAACAAUUAAACUCACCAGGUACCGCAGCGAGAAAGUGACAAUCAGUUAUGCAGAGUAUAUUGCUUCUCGUCAACCUUGUUUCCAGAAUGGCACUCUUCAUGCCCCGCCCCUCUACAAUCAUUACUCCUGACACGCGGCUGCAUGACCAGUCCCAUCCCCCUGUGGCCGCCAGUGGCUACGACAUCAUUGGAGCAGACGCCUCCUCUUCCUGGUCCAGUUACUUCUAUUACUGCACCAUUUUAUGAUGCUAGCUUCCGUUGCCGAGUCUGCCUUCCAGCUGAUAGGGGGGAUUGCACUGAGUGAAACAGAACUUCAGGGGCCCAAGCCUUAUCUCAGCCAUUCCUCACAAUGGGGUUCAGUUGGAUUGGGGCUCCUCCACGACUAGGAAUUACUGUGUGAGGUGCAGAAGACCCUUAGGCAUGCAAGCGCCACUUCAAAUUGCUGUAUUGUGUGUCAGCCACACACUGGAAGCUGGAAUUGUUGAUUUAUGAAAGCUCCCCCCUCUUCCUUUCUUUUCUCCUUCCCACCUCCCUUUACCUACCCCAGUAUCAAGUAGGAGCGUUCCCCUGGCAGUCUGGGCAACGGAGUCCAACAAGAAACAUUUUUAGGUUAUUUUAAAUUCCUUUUUUUAAACCUCUGGUUUGGUGUGUACUAAGAGUUGAUUACAGCUCCCAGGCAUCACAGGCGGACAUCAUGUUAGGGUUAAAUUGUUGGGCACCAUGAGUCCUUUCAGGCUCCUGUACAGAGACCAUUCAAAUAUACGAAAGCCCUUUGGAUGGCACAUUGCAGAUCUCACCAUUGCUAACUAAACCCUGAACGUUUUAACUCUCAUCCCACCGUCAGUUGGAUUUCCUGGCACUCUUCUUGCAUUGAGUUUACUGGUGUUAAAGAGUGCUUUAUGGUAUAGCCUGCUCUUGAAUGGAUUGGAGAUGCCUGAAGAAGGGCAGAAUACCAUUACUGAGUGUGUAUGUGAACAUAGAGAUGUUCGUAUCUUGCCAAGAAAGCUCUUCUUUACCACUAGGCUACCUCACCCAUACAUUGGUAGCAGUGCCUAGAGCUGGAUCUAGGGUGUUAAAAAGCUAUGUUGAUGUUUAAACACACAGUUGGGUCAGGAAUUUUACAGGAACAGAGUAUUCAAAUGAAUCCAGUGUCUCAAGGCAGUUUUAAUUUCAGGCAAGCUUCCUAGGGGACCUUUAAGCAGGGCCAGUUCCAUGUGUGGAUCUUUUAGAGGGAAGACUCACUGUUUUAAUCUGUUGUAGGUCUAUAGAGCAAAGGAUUGUAGUUUAACUGGCAAGUUGCUGAUCUUGCCUAACAUCUUGGGAGUUGCCAACCCACCAGGGCAAAAUGAAGACGAGAUCAUUUUAUUCCAGACCAUUUAGACUUUCACGUGCACUCAUAUUUCUCUUUCCCAUUUUUGCUGAUUUCCAAACGUCUGCUAGUAAAGUUCCUCCUUCCACCUAUUCUUCACUGGCUCAUUCAGUGAUGUCACUGUGCAGUGUUCAUACAUAUGACUUGUGAACUUGAAAGAAACAUUGGAAUAAGGCAUCGCAAAAUGACUACAGAAGAGGAGGCCAGAUGGAUGAAAGGAUUCUUAUUAUUAUACACUGAUUACCAGCAACAGUGGUUAAAGGACUUUGAGAUGAAGUGCAUGACCUGACCCAGUGGAUACAGUAUUUGAAUGAAUAUAUUUUUUAAAGUUUAAGUGUGAUAAUGGUGUGGCUUUUUGAAACUGGCUAACAGUUAAGUCAAUGUUCCUGUGAGUUUUCUUCUAAUAUGUAAAGAGGGAAAUCUAAGAAACCACAUGCAUGCUCUUCUUGGCAUUGCUGUCCUUCAAGUUUCUUGGAAAUGUUUGCAGUUUUGUGUGUCAACAUUAUGCUCUGCUGUUCUUGAGGAUACAUGUUGUGUAAGGGAAAGGUGGGAGUUACAUCAGGAUUUCUGUGCAAUAUCACCCCAGACUUAACUUUGUGCUGGGUAUUUCUCAUGUAUCACCACUUUUCCCUUGCAAUGUUACUGAAAAAGCUUUGGAAGAUGAAGGGAUUGUUUCAUGAUUUCCUGCUGCUGAGAAUAAAUCAGUCUCGUUACAAACUAGAGUGAUAGUAGUUACUCUUAGGUGCCAUGGACUGAUGUAGAGGGGUGGUUCAGCUCUGGGCAAACUAUCCACCUCUAAACUGUACAACAGUAUUGAUACAUAGGGCUACACUCAUUACUGUUUAAAUGUUCUAUGUUAGAAUUUGUCUUUAAUUUCUAAAGAGUUUAAAAAAAAAAAAAGCAAAAAAAUUGGUGCUAAACUUUCACCCCUGAGCACGCUCAGUGAGACUGGUCAUGCAAGCAUACAGUGCCAUGCUAUUCAAGCCUAUUUUUCUUUUUUAAAUGUUGCCCUGUUCUGUGUCUUUCUCCUGUGUAUGAUGUGUUUUUUUAUUUUAUUCAGGGGAGGGUGGGGGGGAGGGUAGCUACCAUUUAAAAAUAGCAAACUGAGAAAAUAAUACUGCAAAAUAUAAAAUAAAAAUUCCAGUACUGGGGGACUAGCUUGAUAACUGCAGCAAGCAAACUGAAGUGUGGGCUCCAUGUCUUUGGAAUGAAGAAGCCUUACUCCAUUUACACCCCCUCUCACAUUUACACCUAGUUUUGAAGUGGAAAUGCUGGUAUGCCUCUUGGUAAGGUAUGGGCAAUAAUGAAUGGACCAAGGAAACCUGAUCUGCCCACUAGGGAGUGGGCAUAGUAUCUGUCCUAAAUGUGGUCUAGUGAGGAAGUAAUUUAGAUGUGUGCUGGUCAAGGUCAACUCAGAAAAAUGCACAGCGGGUGGUUCUCAGGAAAUAAUCCUAUGUCUGGAUCAUUAUAUGGCAGCUUUGCUUAGGGAGAUGACAACUCCAGACUGAAACUUAACUGCCUUCCACUUGCCUGACAAACAGUGAUAAAGAUGGCUAAAUUGAUGUGGCAAUUGGUAGGAUUAAAGAUUAAAUUUCCUAUUUCUGCAUAGUGUCUCAUUUUGUCCCUGCUCUGCUGGACAAAUACUGUUUCUAAGGAACCAGCUUCAGAGUUUGCUGGUUUGAUUUGGAGUUUGUUUCAUCCCUAGCUGUGAGUGCCUUUUGGUCUGGAAAAUUUUGAUUGUCUCAUGAUAACCACAGCUAGGAAGUUAUCUCUGUAAUUAUGACUUGUCCUUGUUCUACAUUAACUAAAAUAAUGUCUUUGAUCACUGGAGUUUUGUCAGUGUUGGGAUGUUUCCACUGUGAGGUUCUUAAAACUUAUUCACUUCAUAAUGUUAAAGCAGCCAUUGUUAGUAGAGGCCUUUUCAAUUUGAAAGGUGUAUAGUAAAAACAUGAAUAUUUUAUUGUUUAUAAGAAAAAUUGUCUGUAAAAAAAAAAAUCCUGGAUGUUCAUUUAACUUUUGCACAGGAACAGUUAUUUUUCAUGACACAUUAACAUCUACAAUUUUCAAUGACAAUUGUCUUUCUGUUGGUUUUCUAGAACUUUAUUGUUCAUUUUUUGUUCAUUUCAUUUCCCUAAAGCAAGAGACCUCGUAUGACCUUCAGUGCAGAGAUGUCAGACCAAUUCUUUGUAUUACACUUGGUUGCCUCCUAGCUAUAUAACUUCUGAGUGUAAAUCAUUGAACUCUAUCCUCUAAUGAAGUAUUGUAGAGAAUAAAUCAUAAUGGGUAAAGAUUUUUCUUUGUACCGUCUCAUCUUUAUACCAUGUGCCUUGAACUAUUUGGAGUAAUAAAAUUUUUUUCUUCUUACAA